CGAGGAGUGGGCCCCGCUCGCGGCCAUUGGUUGUGCGGGCCCAGAGGGGCGGAGGGAUUGCGCGCGGGUCGGGGAGAGCCCACAGACCCGGGCCCAUUCCCGCUGCGCCCGCUGCUCGUGCGCUCUGGCCAGCGCCGCACCCCUGAGCCCAGCGUUCCCGGGGACCCGCGCGCAACGCGGAGGCAGGGUCGCCACCCCACCCAGAGCGCCGGAGCCCGGCCGAGGUGAUCACACGUCCAGACCUGCAGAGUCAUCUGCCCCUUCCUGGGGACUGGCCACUGGCACACUGACGACCUUUGCUCCCUACCACGUUUUUUACCUGUCUUCGGGUGGCUUCAAUUCCGGAGAAGUUUUUCCUGGCGCUGAGCACGCGUUCCCCAGCAGUGUUUUUCCGAGUUCUCCGAAAACCCAUCUCGAUGGACACUUUAUCCCCUGCUGCUGAUUUUGUUUAAAAACCAAGAAUUCUAUUGUGCUGAUUUAUCAGCCUGCAAUUUCUACUGAUGCUAUGAUGAAAACACAAUGCCACUGUCUCCCUUUUUAACCCCUCUGUGAAACUUUGACUGCUAAAAGAUUUGCUCAUCUUUCACCUUCUAUAAAGAUGUCUGAGCCCGACUCCUCAUCUGGAUUUGCAGGAAGUGUGGAGAAUGGAACUUUCCUUGAGCUAUAUCCUACGUCAUUGUCCACGUCAGUGGACCCAUCCUCUGGCCAUCUAUCGAAUGUCUACAUCUAUGUGUCCAUAUUUCUCAGCCUCUUAGCCUUUCUGCUUCUGCUUUUAAUCAUUGCCCUCCAGAGGCUCAAAAAUAUCAUCUCCUCCAGUUCUUCCUACCCAGAGUAUCCAAGUGACGCUGGAAGUUCCUUCACCAACUUAGAAGUCUGUAGCAUUUCCUCUCAAAGGUCCACUCUUUCCAACCUUUCAUCCUGAAAACAAAAUGGAAAAAUUCUUAAUUAAAGCAACAGUAGAUUAGGUUUUUCCCUCAUGGGGAGUGUUGCCUCAUGGAAGGCAUGACCCUUUCGGUUUCAACCUGUUUUCAUCCUCCAUCUUUGAUUCCUUUGCUGUUCCUGAUGCUUUCAUUUAUGAAUGGGGAAGUUGAUCCUGACAGAAAUGAGCACUGACUUUGAGGUGUGGAAUUUCACAUUCACCUUUUGACAGAACUGGAGUUGGCUUCUUCGAGGUGGAGCAGCAUUGGUUGAAUGCCAUGAACUCAAAUAAGAAAGCCUCACAGUGAAUGCUGGGUAUGGACUCUUUUCCUUCAUUUCCCCGAGACCAAAUGAGCCCACAGAAACUGGAAAAAUUAACUCUGAAGGAUGUAGGAGAUAUUUUCCUAUUAAUGAGAUAAAGUGGAGAUAUCAAAUUUUAAAAAGGAGUCAAUUUGGAUCAAAUGCAUAAUAUUUCUAAAACUGGAGAUAAAAAUAUGCUAAAUUUUUUUCAUUUCACUUUAACAAAUGAAAAUUACAUUUAUUCAUGGAUAUAAGUCAUUUAGAAAAGUAUUGGAAGAGUUUAUAACUUUUAAUAGCAAGAAGUGCAUGUGUCAUGAUGCAGUUUAUAAUGUAUUUCUGCUUCUUGAAGUUUUUCUUCUACUUAUAUUGUAGCCGUAAUGAUCCUCAGUUGCGGAAUUCUUGUGAUAAUUGCUAUUCCUAUUGCUAAGAGAAGCACCAGGAGAGACACUAAGAAGUUUUUAUUUUAGAUUUAUAAUUUCCAUUGUUGAGAAUUAAGAAUAGGAAAAUAUUCAUCUAGUUGUACUUUAUACAGUAAUGACUCCAAGUAGUUGUGUAUGUUCCUUUAUUCGGUGUUAUAGUUUUUAUAAUUUCAGUGCAUAAUUAUAUUAAGGCCCCAAAAUGUCAGAGCUUAAUGUUCAUUCACAUGAGGUUGCAAUACUUAGAGACUAAAUUGCUAACAUACAUGCCAUUAUAUACUCCAUGAACGUUCCAUGUCUCUGGUAAGUAGUUGUUGCCUGUUAAUAUAGUACUCUGCAUUUGGACUUCAGGAUGUGAGAUUAUAUUAAAGUUGUAGCAUCCCCAGUUGUGCAGCUGCUGGGAGCUUUAGUAAUCCUGGGAGCUGCCAUACUGUGAUUGUCAGGUACACUUGAACUUGGAGAAGGGAGAGGUGUCAUGAAAUUAAAUAUGCACAUGAACACAGGCAAGGAGUGUGAAGGAAAUGAAGCUGCCACUAAAAACAAAACAAAGUAAACAAACUACAGCUUCUCAAGAAUAAGAAUUUUAAUUUAAUUUUAAAAAUAAAUGGCCCACAGUAUAAAUACCUAACAGUGUGUGGCCAUUGUACCAACAUGCCACAGUCUUCCCGUGGCUACCAAAUCAUUCCCUGCUUAAAGUACAACAUAAACUUAAGUGGUGGAGCGUCCACACUUCUUUUGGUUGUAGAAUCAACACUCUGAAUGGACAAGAAUGGAGAAACAACCCACCAUUUUGCAGUCUAUCUUUGUCAUUUUAGAAAGCAAUGUCAUUCCAGAUGAGGCCUGGAAAUGUGGAUCAGAAGUCCUGUUUUUAAAUCCAUAACCCUCACUUAAAUCAUACCACAUUUAACUCUUUAUAUAUCAAAAAAUCUCCAAACAUCGUAAGAUCAGGACAAACUUGCUGCCCUAAAAUUUAUGAGUGAAAAAUUUCUCUCUGCUGCCAUUUAAAGCAUAACAGUGGGUUUGUUGUUACUGUGUAGCAUAAAAUUUGCACUAGAGAGACUGCUGUUUUAGAUCAUUAUUAGCAUUCUCUAAGUAUACAUAUGUAUGUACAUGUAUAAAGAUAUUUUUAUGUAUAUGUUCACAUGUUCCAGUUAAAAGUUGUGUGAAAGCUAUACAAGAUUAGAGACAUCUAUAGUACCACUUUUGCUCUUUGAUUAUUCUUGUGCUAUUUUGGUUAUUGAGAAGGAAAAAGCAUGGGUAAAGUGAUUUUUAAAAAACAAAAGGACAAAUGCCCCACAAUCUGAUUAUGAUUUACCCUAAGGUGUAACUUUAUAUCCUUUCCUUCUGGAAGAAAUACAAAGACUUUUGAUAGCAAAACUACUUAAAAAAUCAAAUCUGAUCAAUUCUACAAGUACUCCCCACCUCCCCUGCCACAAAGAUUCUUGCUCACAACAUUAAAUGGAAUAAUUAGGAGCAACAUUCAAAGAUGGAAAACAGGAUUUGUCAUUACAAGAUUGUCAACAUAACAGAUUGUACAACUUGAGAUGAAUUUGUAUUGUGUAAAAAAGGUCCAAAAGGCUGGAAGAUGAAUUUAUAAAUAAAGAAGGAAAGUCCACUGAA